AUGAGCUGCCCCGUUCGCAGGCUGUCGCUACAGCCGAGAUUUUUGGCCGAGCAGGCUUCGGACCGCCAGCCAGUGUGGGCAUUGCUGCCGGCCAGGCGACUGAUAGGGUCUACAGGCACGAGAGGACGCCCGAAUCCGUCUGGCAACGAUGGCAACGGCCAGGCGGCCAGAAAACGGCAGCAGGAGGUGCGCCGGUCAUGGAGUCGAGAAGGGAGAGACCGUUCAGCCACUGUCAGGCCGUCGUCAGCGAGCAAAGAGGUAGUGGUAGCAGCCCAGAAAGGAAAGCUAUUGACGACACCCACACGGCUUCUCAAGUUCGUUCUCCCACUGCCGCUAGGCUGGCAGAAGGACACGGCUGUAGAUGGACCGGACAUGCGCAUGGAGCCGUUGGCACUGCUAGUGCACCCGCAACAGCCGAUGUCCUACGUGGAGCGGCUGAUCCUGGCAGAAUUGCCGGGCGAGGACGCGACCAACGUGUAUUUCCGGGCCGAGAACACGCCAGACGAGGAGGGCCAGAGCAAGGACGGGGGAGGUUCGCACGUGGCGUGGUACUCGGGGCUGGGCCACGAGGCGGCCGAACGACGGGAUCCAGACAAGAAGUGGGUGCGAUGGAGCAGCAGCACAGAGAUUGGCGACUUCAUCCGGGAGGCGGCACGAGGACGCGAGUUUGCGAUUGAGAUCGAGGGGCCGUCAACGGUCGAGGUGCGGGUCAGCGUGCCCUCGUUCAGCGACCGGACGUACUACCAGCGGAUGCGGUUGCGGCGGCUGUCGCGAGCGGUGGAGCGGCUGUCGACCGUGAAGCGGGAGUGUGACGAGCUGGCACAUCGGGGGGCAAGGCGGCUGGCCAAAGGGGGCUUUGCCACGCUGAUGGGCUGGUGGGCGGUGGUGUAUUACACGACGUACCAGACGGCGUAUGGCUGGUCGGUGAUCGAGCCGGUGACGUACCUGGCCGGGCUGGGCGUGAUCAUGGGCGGCUAUCUCUGGUUUCUCUUCAUCAGUCGUGACCUGAGCUAUCGGGCUGCGAUGAACGUGACGGUGCUGCGGCGACAGGCGGCGCUGUACGAGAGUCGUGGCUUUGAUGUACGGCGGUGGGACCGGCUGGUGGAGGAGACAAACGGUCUGCGAGCCGAGAUCCGGCGGGCAGCAGCUGAUUAUGAUAUCGAGUGGGACGAGGAGGCCGAUCUGGGUGGAGGGAAGCGAGGUUCUCUAUCUGCGAAGUUCUGCACCCCCGAGCAAAGAGACAUCUCACACACCAACGCUGCGAUGCCCAUCAGCACGAUCAAUCUGCCAGACGGGCAGAUAAUCACAGCCAAGCCGGUGUUUGCAGGGCUUUUUUUCAAGUCCAACGAGCUCAAUGUGCACCGCACGCCCUUCCCCAUCGGCUGGACGACGGUGCUGCACACGGAAGAUGACGAGACAGGUGAGACUCCAGGCGAGGUGAGCGGCAGUCCAGGUGGUCGUGGCAGUGUUGGCAGCCAGCCUGGCAGUCCUGGAAGCGCAACGGGCGAGACGGCCGGGCCGGCUCACUCGCACUCGUUCCGGCGGCCGACGUUGCAGAACGACAGCCUGUUUAUCUCGAGCAUCAGCAACCCGAGCAGCAGCGAGUUCAGGCCGGCAGCGAGCCCGACAAGGCAGAUCGCCAUGAUGCUGUGGAUCACGUUAUACUGGUACUUCCACCAGCCGGCGCCGGAAGUGCGGCUGCCGCCAACCGCAGCCUCGCGCGGCACCGUUCCAGCCGGCCGGCCUCACGGCGAGUGGCGCAUCAGCAUCAAGCGUGACGGCGUGCUGCGCGGGCGCAAUCUGAUCCCCAAGCUCGAGCGCAUGGGUCUGAUCGCGACGCUCGAGACGGCGGUCCAGGCCACGCCGGCCACGGGCGACAACGACGGCUGGGAUCGCAUGUACGUGUCCCAGGCCAUGUUCUGGCAGAUCCCGGCCCACCAGUUCCUCUUCACCCUGCAGCCAAUCGUGUCGGCCAUCGGUGGCAGCGGAAGCAGCAGCAGCAGCAGCGGCGUUAGGGGCGGCACGUCGUCGUUUCCGGGCUCGCCCACGGCCAGCCGGCCCAGCUCGCCGACCCGGGAUGCAGCCCGGACCAGCGGCCUGACGCUGGACGAGGUGGUCGUCCCGGCGUCUGGCGCGAUGGUGGUGGUGGCUGCGGGCGGUAGCAGCGAAACGGCAGCAGCAGGCGGCACCGACGAGCUCAAGCCGAGCCUCCCGAUCGGCCCCUUCUUUGCGUCGUCGCACCUGCCGGCAUACUACCCGCCCAGCCCGCUACGGUACACGAUGACGGACGGCGUGCGGCAUCCGGCACGACCAAAGCCACCGCGCAUGGGCGAGGUGUUCUACACGCGCUUUGUCCCGUCGGUCGGCCAGUACCUGUCGCUGCGCGUGGCGUCGUCGUCGCCGCGGCCGGUGCCGUAUGCUGGUCCUGUGGGCCCGCGGCCGCCCUCAGCCGGGGCCCAUCUGACGACGCUGAGCGACAUGGGCCUGCUGCAGAUGUGGCUGUCGAACCCGCGGGUCAGCGCGUUCUGGGGCGACUACGUGCCCGACUUUCUGUCCAGCGCCCUGGCCAGCCGCCACAGCUUCCCGGUCAUCGCGCUGUGGGACGGCGUGCCGUUUGGCUAUUUUGAGAUCUACUGGGUCAAAGAGGACGUGCUGGGCCGCCAUGUCGGUGGCGCUGCCAUCGACGACUUUGACCGCGGCCUGCACGUCUUCAUCGGCGAGGAGUGGGCACGCAGCCGCGUCCAGCAGUGGCUCAGCAGCGUCGUGCACUGGAUCCUCACGGCCGAUUAUCGUACCAUGAGCGUGUGCAUCGAGCCGCGGGUCGACAACUUGAGGUUCAUCCAACAUCUCCAGCUCGGCGGCUUCAACAAGCAGCGCGAGGUCACCUUCCCGCACAAGCAGUCCUGGUUCGGCCGACUGGACCGUGACGGCUGGACCGGGCCAGCUCUUUGA